AUGCCUUUGUAUGCUAAAUUCCUUAAAGAAAUCUUAUCUAAUAAGAAAAAUCUUGAGGAUAAUGAAACUGUUAUGCUUACUACUGAGUGUAGCGCUAUUAUUCAAAACAACAUGCCUCCUAAGAUGAAAAACCCAGGUAGUUUUUCCAUACUACGUGUAAUCGAAAAGUUUAUCAUAGACAAAGCUCUGUGCGACUUAGGAGCCAAUGUUAGUUUAAUGUCUUUAUCCACAUGCAAGAAACUAAAUUUAGGAGAACUAAGACCAACAAAGAUGUCUCUACAACUAGCUGACCGUUAUGUUAAAUUUCCAAUAGGUAUGCUAGAGAACAAUCUCGUUCGUAUAGCUCAAUUCUAUAUUCCCAUCGACUUUGUAAUAAUGGAUAUAAAGGAGGAUACCCACAUCCCUAUUAUUUUAAAAAGACCCUUUUUAGCCACUGUUGGAGCCAUCAUGGAUGUUGAGAAAGGAAAUCUAACCUUCGAAGUUAGGGAAGAAAAAGUCAAAUUUAUUUUAGCUCAAUUAUUACUGGUGCCAGCUAUAGAAGAUUCAUGUUGUCUCUUAGACGUCAUCGACGAAUGUGUGAAAGAAAUGGAGAGGGAACCACUAAUUAUACUCAAGUAUUAA